UUGUUGUUAAUUGUGCGCUGUCAACAUGGUGACCCUUAGAUCCGGAACCGUUACCACCCCCUACAGCAAAGAGCAGGAGGAGAGAGCUGCCGCCCUUCUGCGUGAGAAGAAAGAGAAGAUGGAGAAGAGGGAACUAAUCGGACAGGCUAAGAUGUUGGCGCUGCUGGAGGAGCAGGAAGCAAAGAAGAGGCAGAUGGAGGAGGAGAUGGAAAGAUGGAAGAAGGAGCAGGAGGAGAAGAUGGCAGUUAUUCGGGCGGAAGAAGAAGAAGAAAAAGAAGAAGUGGAAGAAGAAGAAGAAAGACCGCUAGAGAGGAGAAGAGGAGGAGGAAGCACAAGUAAAGAAGCGGAGAUUGCGGAAAGGGCGCAAGAAUGGGCCGUACAUUUGAAGUUAGGGAAAGACCAGGAGGCUGAGAUGGCUGUACCCGAGGAAGAAAGAGAAGCAGCCCAGUAAAGAGAGGGGCAAAGGAGGAGGAACAACGGAUGGCGUGGAGAUAUCGGUUAUCCCAAGA